GUAGAAAUGAAUAACAACUAAAAAUUCAAUGUUUGAAACAGGUAAUGUGAGAGGUUUAAGUUCGCAAACAACUAAGUAAACAUGUAGUUUACGAGGAAAAAUAGCCAACAUUGUAUCGGUAAAAUGUGCUGCAAACAGUUUUUAUGGAAAUCAGGGGGUUGGAAGAUUUGCGCUAUCGUCUGUGUAAUACUAGGGCUAUAUGUGUUCACAGCGGGCAUUAUUUGGAAAAUAUUAUUCAGGGAGAAUAUUAUAAUGAGUAUUAUCUUGAUUAUUGGCAUAGUUAUAUUGAUGUGUUCCUGCUUUGCUGGUUGCAAUCAUCCUAAAACUGUUGCCACACCUGAGAAUAUUUGCGAAAGACAGACAGAAAGACAGACACAAAUCCCAGUUGAGAAUCCAAAUGAUGCUGUCGUUGAAAGCACAAAUGAUUUAAAUGUUAAUGGUCAAUUUGUACCACCGCCAUAUAACAUUUCUACUGCUCAUCCAGCUACACAUACAAACAUUCAGUCAGCACCACCGAUUGAAAGGAGGGGCUUGGGUUAUGAUACAAGAGCUUUGCCACAGCCCCCUGACUACAAUGCCUUAUCAUUUAUAUAUGGACCACCACCGCAAUACGACAGUGAUAACCCUGCUUUUAGAGAUAAUGUGACUACACAUACAGACACUAUUAACCCAUCAAUUACACAGACUGAUAUGAGGGGCUUGGAAUAUCGAAUAGUAGAACUGGCUCAAUCUACUGGAUGUGAUGCUUCACCCCCUGCAUAUUACCCACUUCAAAGGGCUGAAACACCAACAUAUGACAAUUGUCACAUCUGAUUAACCGCAUAUUACCCACUUCAAAGGGCUGAUCCACCAACAUAAGACAAUUGUCAUAUCUGAUUAACUGCAUAUUACCAACUUCAAAGGGCUGAUCCACCAACAUAAGACAAUUGUCACAUCUGAUUAACUGCAUAUUACCAACUUCAAAGGACUGAUCGUCCAACAUAAGACAAUUGUCACAUCUGAUUAACUGCAUAUUACCCACUUCAAAGGGCUGAUCCACCAA